GGUGUUGCUGUAUAAAACUCUGAAUUUGCUGCGCUGAGCUCAUUGAAGCUGCGGCAGAACAUCAGUAGCGCCACUGAUCCAACCGCAACCAAAAGAAACAAAAGGAGAGACAUCCUGCUUUAAACAGAGUGCGACACGAUGGAGAAAUCUAACAGCCAGUACGACUCGUUCCUCUUCUGGAGGCAGCCCAUCCCGUCCCUCGACCUGUCGGAGCUGGAAGACCUGGGGCUCACCGCCGGCGCGCCGAGCAGCAGCAGCAAAGGAAAGGACAAGGCGUCCCAGCAGCGAGGACAGAACCCCGAGGACGAGUUCCCUGAGUUCUCCUCCUUUAAUUACUGGAGAGCUCCCAUCGCUGAUGUGGACGCCCUGCUGGCUGAUCUGAACCUGCUGCCCUGAACCCCCCCCCGCCCCCCAACCCAGCCCACCUCCGCCCACCCCCCCAGAGUCUGAAUCCUGAUCAGCCCUGCUGCAUCCAAACCCCCCAGACCUACAGCGAUCACUUUGACCAGAUCUCUAAUCCUGCAACCAGACUAAAGUCCACCUGAAGUCAUGGCGACUAUCUAAGUUUCUUUAUUUACAGUUCAUUUUGCUCGAGUUUAAUUAUUUGCAACUGCUUUUAAACUGGAUCUCACAAAGUGUGACACUUUAAAAAUGCCUCAUCUAAAAAUCUGCACGGUUUUAAUCUAUGACGAACACAGCCAUGAGGGUAAACCCUGAGUUUAUUUGAACCUAUCUGCACGUUUUGGCUGCAGGAUCCCAUUAGUCUGAUUCAUCUGGUAUGAAAAGAGACUUUAAUUAUUUGAUUUUCUGCACUUUACACGUCUAAUAUGAGUUAAUACUUUGAUUUGUGCCUUUUUUGUUUUCUUUGGAGCUGCUUUGACAGCAAAUUCCCCACAUUUCUAUUUAUGUAUGCAUGUAUUUAUUUAUUUAUUCAAUUAUUUCACCCGCUGUUGUUGAGCAAAACUGAAACAUCAGAACAGACCCAACACGAGAAAUAAAAAGGAUCCUUUUUAAAAUAUA